UAUUGGGCCGAGUAAUUGAGGCCCAACCACAUUGUUCAAUUCUGUUCACUACCCUCCCUCCCUCCGGUUCCUUUCUUUCUGUCGUCGCCGCUACAACUGCUACCUCCCGAAUCUCCGCAAAUUCUCUUCGUUCAAUUUAACCUUUCAACAAUUCGAAAUCCUUCUGUUACUCCUAUUACAAGUUUGAAUAAACAAACAUGCCUGACACUAGGGUAAAUCCGACUUUCAGCAAGUCAACUGGUUUGCCGCGGAAGCGGUUCUAUAGAGCACGAGCUCAUAGCAACCCAUUAAGCGACUCUCACUUCCCUGUGCCGUUAACACCCGCUCAUGUUGACUAUUCUCUCCAUUAUCCUCAGUUCUUUCCCUCAUCUGAUCAAGUUGAUAGGUCCAAAAAGAUCAAGUUUGCUGAUAUUGGAUGUGGUUUUGGAGGGCUGCUCAUUAGUCUCUCGACUCUGUUCCCGGACACACUGAUGAUUGGAAUGGAACUUAGAGAUAAAGUGUCCGAGUAUGUCAAGGAACGGAUUUUAUCCUUAAGGGUAGCAAAUCCAGGUCAAUACCAAAAUAUUUCUGUGGUGCGAACUAACUCCAUGAAGUACAUUCCAAAUCACUUUGACAAAGCACAACUCUCGAAGAUGUUUUUCCUGUUUCCCGAUCCUCAUUUUAAAGAGAAGAACCAUCGUCGUCGGGUUAUCAGCCCAUUCUUACUAGAUGAGUAUGCUUAUGUUCUUGAGGUUGGUGGAAUUAUAUACACGAUAACAGACGUGGAAGAGCUUGGGGAAUGGAUGAAAUCCUGUUUGGAGAAUCACCCUUUGUUCGAACCGUUGACUGAGAAAGAACUUGAAGCUGAUCCAGCUGUUAAGCUUUUAAGCUCUGCUACUGAAGAAGGCCAAAAGGUUGCUAGAAAUGAUGGACAAACUUUCCAAGCUAUUUUCAGACGCAUUGCACGACCUGAUCAGAUAUCCUAGUCGCUGGUUGCUUAAUCUAAGGUACUGGGAAUGCAAAGAAUUAUUGCUACUGAAGAAUCAUAAUCAUAUGGUCUUUGCGUUUUUCAUUUGUUAUAUAUAUGUACUUCUUUUCAUUUCAUGUUGAGUAGACUUAUUCGAUUGAAAGCAGAAUUAUCUUGCAGAGUAUACUUCAGAAUGUAACAUGUUCGGUUUGUCACUGGCGACAGUUUUGGUUCAUUAGUAUUUGUCUUCAAUUUGAUUAUUCACUUUUGCAAAGUUAACACUAUGAAGUUCCCUGGUUAAGGAAAAUCCAAUCCGAAUGUAAACAAAUCUUAGAGAAGUUCCCUGGUUAUUCAUUUAUUGCUUAUCCUUUUCUA